AACUCAUUAAAAGUAGACGGUGCGCGCCUAGCUACAAAAAAACGACGGUUGCUUUCAGUUAGAGCGAUAAGGGGCAGGGGAAACCGAUAGUAGCAGGAAAAGGAGGUUAGUAGCAUGAAGGGCGUGGCGGGAUGUCGGUUUGCUGGAGGAAUCGCGUUCAUUUCUGUGCCACGCUAAGCAAAGUAAGCAUGGCGUGACGCCAUUAUGCUAAUGUCAAAGGAUGCUGUGUGGAUGCUAUCCAGCGCCCCGCGAUGGUGAAAGCGAGGGGUAUACGAAUAACGAAGCAAGUCGUCUGGCAUACGUCUGAGGGACAGAGAGUUACUCGAAAAAAGGCAGAAACAUACCGGUGUGUCAUCAAACAGGAAGUCGCACAUGAGAAGCUGGCGUCUUCAAGCCCGGGCUGCACCCUCAGCCGCCUACUUCCUUGACACCGCUCAUAACGGACCAGCAGGCGCACCGGCAGCCCCCUUCUCUGCUGACUCAGUGCCUUAGCAAGCAGCAGUCCUCCCAUCCCUGGAAAAGAGCAUCCAGCGCGUCGGCUCUCGUCCGCUCAGCACCGCAGAAAUGGCCAAGACCGCAAUUGCUUACAAGGAGAAGAUGAAGGAAAUUUCCGUCUUCUCGCUCAUCUGCUCCUGUCUGUACCCCGACAUCCGCAAGAACACCCUGGGCGACUUUGAAGACCUGGACAUCAAGCCCAUCAACAAGCGGGCCUCGGGCCAGGCCUUCGAGGUCAUCCUCAAGCCGUCCUCGCCUGUGUCCGACGGCACCUACUGCAUCACCAGCCCCCCCAAGAGGGACAUUUCCCUGGAGGACAUCCAGAAGAAGCUGGAGGCAGCGGAGGACCGCAGGAGAUCCCAGGAGGCGCAGGUGCUCCGCACCCUGGCCGAGAAGCGCGAGCACGAGCGCGACGUUCUGAUGAAGGCCAUGGAGGAGAACAGCAACUUCAGCCGCAUGGCCGAGGAGAAGCUCCAGCUGAAGAUGGAGCAGAUCGAGGAGAACCGGCAGGCCUACCUGAGCGCCCUCAUGGAGCGCCUGCAGGAGAGGGAGAGGCACGCUCAGGAGGUGCGCAGGAACAAGGAAUUGAAAGAAGAGGUGACAGCGUGAGGAGCCCACCACCACCAUCAUCAUCAUCAUCACCACCACCACCACCAUCACUCCACCCCGCCCCGAGGUUCUUGGCGGCCGCUUCCAACCCCACCAGUCCCUCCCCCUUGCCAUACUCACCCCUCCCCUCUCAUGUUACUACUCUGAAGGUACCACACAGCGCCAUGGCGGUGGGGGGUGUGUUUGGGGGUGGAUUUUGAAAAAUGCAGAAGAAACCUAAAUCUCCCACCUUACUCUUCUCAAGCAGAAUGAAUCGGAACACAACAGCGGUUUUGUAAAUACUUCUUUUUUUGUUACAAGACGAGCAGCAAAAGUAUUGAUUGCAGUGUGACUUUGUUUAGAAAUCAUCCCCCUGACAUAUCAAUGGAUGUGGUUGCAUUCUUUCACCUUCUUUUCUCUCGUUUAGGUUGUUUUUGUGGUGCGGUAGCAAGCUUAGGUGUUUGUCGUGAGUUUGCCAGCUAGCUCAUGUUUGCUGUGACUGUUUGCAAGGCCCUCCAUCUGACCCCCAAACCCUCCUUUUUGUCCCCUUGCUCACAUAUUCCACCGCAAAUCAUCAUCAUGGCCAGUCUGGACACUGAAAUAGAUUUGUUUUUCUCCCCUCUAAAUAGUGUUCAUGUGUGAGUUUCUGGUGGAUGAGACAGCAUUUAAACCUCUCCCCUCAUCAUUCCUGCUGUAUAGAAACCAACUUAGCACCCUAUAGAACAACACUCCGUCUCACAGUACAGACAAACUCAAGUUGUCAAAGCAACCAAUCAGGGUAGCAAGCGGUGACUUACCCAACGCGUCUUCGCUUUAGCAUGUUAGCCGUUAGCAUGUCACGAUCCUGGCUCAAACAAGAGCAUGUUUUUCACGUGUAAAUGAGAAUAAUUCUCUCGCAGCGUCCUCUUACGGUGCACUCGGUCGUCCCCCGGUGUACCGUAGCCCGCUGUGUUGCCAAUGGAAUCGUCAAAGUUAUCCACGCUCGUUUCACGCGCUGCGUCUCGGUCCAUUCUUCCUGUUUACGCUCUCCCGCUGACCAAUUGGAGAAGCGAGCGACGUCACGUGGCAAUAGUGACGCAUUCAAGUACCCUUCGUAUGAAUGACAACCCGCCAAAGUGGGGGGGAAACGCGAACAAAGCGACCGAUGGCGAGCAGCAAAGAUGAAAAAAAAAUGAAAGUCACGUGGUAGACAGGAUCAUAGCACAUUCUUUUGGCGCCGCUUGGAAAAUGAAUAUACAGGCACACGUCUAGCGUAGCACACACAACUAAGAUGGGAGCGUAUAGGAAGGCUGCAGGAAAACACAAAUCAUGUCACAGUGACUACAGCACACGAGGAGGAAAGUAUCGAUAAUGGAGGCUUGCAAGAACCAAGGUGGCUGUUGAAGGCUGAGGUCGAACGCCAUUGGUUGGCGGCACCUUGUUGCACAGUAGAGUGUUUAGACGUGUGCAGAUUUUAGGAAAAGGCUGUAGAUUUUUGUGCCGUGUGAUAAACGCGCUGACGUUUGACGAGUUUGUCCCAGACAACCAUUUCUCUCCGUUUCUCUUUCCUCUAUUCAUUCGUGUGUUAACCCUCUCUCCACAUACUGUAUAUCUUUGUGAGCAAGCAGUGGUUAAUAAAGAUUUGGGGUUCAAUGAAAAAAACGCCUUGCAGAGUCAUUUACU